CUGGUGGGCUGUCCCCUGAGCCUGAACUCCAGACUCACAGCCCUCUUCUCUCUGUCAGCAGAUGGAUUGCUCUCCCCCAGCCAGCAACAGCAUCAGCCCUGGUGCCAACACCACAUCCACCCCAGGGGGCAGCCCUACACCCCGCUCCCGCAAACCUGGCGCUGUCAUUGAGAGCUUUGUAAACCACGCCCCAGGGGUCUUCUCAGGGACCUUCUCUGGCACACUGCACCCCAACUGCCAGGACAGCAGCGGGAGGCCGCGACGUGACAUCGGCACCAUCCUGCAGAUCCUCAACGACCUCCUGAGUGCCACACGGCAUUACCAGGGCAUGCCCCCCUCGCUGACCCAGCUCCGCUGCCAUGCCCAGUGCUCGCCCGCUUCACCGGCCCCCGACCUCACCCCCAAAACUACCUCCUGCGAGAAGCUGGUGCCCUCAGCCUCCCUGCUACAGAGCCAGAUCCGCAUGUGCAAGCCCCCCCCAG